UUGGACUAUUCUGAUUUUCUGCUACAAUUGAAAUGGAUAUUAUACUUCGUGACCUCGGCAGAGUUGAAUUUGAAAAAACCGGAAAUUAUACUCUAAUACUGGCCAUUGCUUGGACCAUUCUGAAUGUGUAUGCCAAGUAUCCUUCGACGACGUUGAUUAUUUCGCAGUAUGCCAGCGAACUGCAGAGCAACUUGCAUCAAGCGGAGCUGAUCGAUGCAUUAAUGGUGUAUUUAGAAAAGCGCCAUCAUCAUGUCUACAUCAUGGAGCAGGAGAAAAUGUUCGAUGAUGUGGAUAGAAGCGAGUGGGGUGACAUUUCCGAUACAGCGAUUUGGUUCAUAGAUAGUUGGAACUCAUUUGGUGCUUUGGCAAAGGAUUUGGAUCAUCCGCAAAGUGCAUACCAACGCAGUGGUUGGUUUCUGAUUGUCUACACCGGCACCGAACCGGAGCGUUUAGAAACCGUCAAGAAUAUAUUUAGCCGAUUGUUUGAACUCUUCUUUGUAAAUGUCAAUGUGUUCUUGUUGAUGGAUGCAACGCCAUUUGUCUAUACAUAUUUCCCAUUUUCACGCACCAAAUGUCAUUCGGCCAAGCCAGAGUUAUUGAUGUCCUUUCGAAACAAGCGCCCAAGAUAUAUCCACAAAAGCCACAGACGUUUUUUCCCGCCCAAAGUGAACAAUCUGCAUGGCUGCGAGUUAGGGGUAAUAACAUGGCACGACCCACCUUUCAUGAUUUUGAAAACAGUUGAAGAGACCGGACAUAUCGUAUCGAUUGAUGGCAUCGAAGGCAUGUUAAUAAGCCUUCUUUCUGAGGCUAUGAAUUUUGGUAUACGAAUUGUGGAUCCACAACCGCAUGAUCGUGGCGCUAUUUACGCAAAUGGCACGCUUACAGGUGUUACAAGAAUGCUAUUCGGCAGCAAGCGAUUGGUUUCGUUUGUUUUUGGGAAAGCCAAUCGAUUUCCCUUCAGUAAUCUGUGGGCCUCGCUGUAUGGUGGUGGUGUUAUCCACAAUCAUUUGCCAUACCGCAACUUUUCGCGAUAUCUUCUGGGCUUGUGGCUGCUAUGCACAUUGGUUUUGCGCUCCGCCUACACCGGCCAGCUCUUCAUUAUGCUGCAGGAUGGACGCGCACUAACACCUUUGAAAACAUUCCAAGAGAUAUUCGAAAAAAAGUUCGUAGUCAAUACAGCUCCUGUACUUACCGAGCUGCUAACAUCGGUGAUGGGCAAUGUUGCUGUUGUUAACAUCGAUGGUGGUAACAACUCAAUGCCUAUGAUAUUGAAACGUAUAGCACGAGGCUCGAAAGAGAUAUUGAGCAUAAUCGAACCGGCUGUGAUGUAUUAUAAUUACCAACAGGAAACUGAGGAUGAACGGGUGGCGAUUUUGCCCCAAAAGUUGAUAAUGACACCACUGACAAUGUACAUGCGGAAGCAUUCCUAUCUAACCUUACCGAUCAACGCCAAACUGCUCGAUUUCAUUGAUUUGGGCAUAAUAAAUAAGUUUGAGAAUCGUUAUCGCUUGCCCGACUCUGCCACACAUUGUGGCCACAUAGAGCCGAUUGUAAUCAAUCGAUUCAAUGGACACACUUUCGAUAGUUCGGAUAUUUUUCCACGCAAAUUAUUAAAUUUCUAUGGUUGUGCGCUGAGGGCGGCUUUAUGGGAUGUGCCGCCAUAUUUAUCGCUUGAAAGUAAUGUUGAGGGUGCGAGUCGUAUUUUAGGCGGAUUCGAGGGAAAUUUCUUGCUGACUUUGUCCAGGAAAUUAAAUUUUACAAUAGACAUUAAAAUUCCACCAAAUAAUGAAAGACGUGGUCAACAUGUAAAUAAGGAGUGGACUGGUGCAAUGGGAAUGGAGUCACGUCGUGAUGUCGCCUUCAUUGGACCUUCUAAUUUUCUCUACUACUAUAUGCACGCCGAGAAAAAGUAUGCAUUUUUUAAAAUAUUAAAACAGAAAGUUUUAAACUUGCACACCACAAUAUAUCUCACGAAACACUCUUACCUUAUCGAUGAGUUCCAGAAUCAGAUUUUGUGGAUGCAAGCGGCUGGUCUCAUUGAUGCCUGGGCUCGCUGGGAGUUGUACGAUGAUAAAAAGGAUCUGAGCGAAUUUGGGGAGGAUGAUAUGCAGGAAGCUAAGGAACUCUACAUACUGAUUAUAAUCGGAACGUAUGAAGGUAAAAUGGAUUAG